GCGUAAUAAUUGAUUGUGUCUAUUGCGCGAAACGGAUUUAAACACCCUGGCACUGUGUGCUUUUGAAAAUCACAAAAUCUGCAAUGUUGCAAAACCGAAGGGCAAUGUAAAUAGAAGUAUUUAGCGCUUCAUAUUUCCAUUUGGUCGUCAGUGAAAUUCAGUGGAAAAGUAAUCUUCAAACAGAAAAGAACUAAUACUUUUUUUUUACUACUCUGUGAUGUCAAGUGUUAGAAUAAAAUGGAUUUCAUAAGGUGAAGUUAUCCCGGGGUUUUAAUUACGCACCGAACCACCAAAGACGUAUGGGGGUGCGGCGGUAUGGGGUUAUAAAAGAAACAGCUACGCAGUUCAACGUCUACAGACAUUCAGAAAUCUGUAAUGACAGUGAAGUAAAUUAUUUUGUAAGGUGCCAUUGGAAUAUUAAAGAAAUGAUUGUGCAUAAAACAGAAGAACUAUAUAAAUUAAUAAAAUAUUGUUAAGAGCCCGUUCCAAGUAGUAAGACUUUCUAAUGGCGUAUUUUAGCAUCCUUUUGCAGUUGGUGUUAGAUAAUGCCCACACUGCACACUAGAUUGACUAGAUAGACAACAUCCGUGCCAGAAACGAUAAUACAUGUGGCAUAGAAGGAGGAACUACAUUGACUGCAUGUAGAAACACCAUUCAUAGUAGUUCAGAAGGCACAGCAUUUCAUGCAGAAUUUCAGCACACCCGAUGAUGGUUGGAAAGAAAUAUCACAUGAAGUUUUUACUGUUUGACGUGGGACACACAAGUUAGUAUUCUAAAUCAGUCCGUGGAUAAUUGUGAGUCUACUGUAUUGUAGACCCUGAUGUUUUAAGUUGUAUGUAGUCUUCUGCAGUACGAGACUGUAUUGUCUAGUGCAUGGUCAGGUUGAAGCUGAAGGCUGACAGCGGGUUCCACUGGAACAUUUGUACUCCUUCCAGAUGACAUGGUGUCAUACCACAGAAACUGCAAACAUCAAAUCUCAUGAAUUCUGGUGAUUAAUAUGAAUACUGCCAUCUGGCAUCAUAACAUGGAUUUUAUAAAGCCCGAACCUGAUCCAGAUGAGGCUUGUGUUCUACCAUCAUCCCCAGAGAUGGAAAACGAGCAGAAUACAGUAAUCAAGGAAGAAGAAGAUGAUGUAGAUGUUCUGAGUGAAGACUGCAUUCACAUGAAGUUUGAAGAGGUUUAUAUACCAUCAGCAUUUCCCAUAGAAAAGGUUGAACCUGAGAACUGCACAGAUUUACUGAAAGUUGUGUCUGCUUCAAGUAGUGAGACAUGUUUACAAUUGUCUCAUGAUGGAAAUGAGUUCAUCAGUACAAAAAUUGAAGCCAUAGAUCCACAAGAGGAGGAUGGACAAGUGUCAAAAACAUUUACGGGAACAGAGGUUGGACAAGAGAGCCUUCUGAGUGAACAUCUGUCCACGCAUGCAACUAAGAAGGGCGCUUGCUUGUGUGAUGUGUGCCAUAAAUCCUUCACUGUUCAGAGCAGGCUGAAGGUUCAUCAACGUAUACACAGUGGUGAGCGUCCAUAUUCCUGUGAUGUGUGUCAUAAAUUAUUCAGUGAAAAGAGUAAAGUGAAGAGACAUCAACUUAUACAUAGUGGUGAGCGGCCAUAUUCCUGCCAUGUUUGCAACAAGUCAUUCAGUGUUCAGAGUAGUUUGAAGGUACAUCAGCGUAUACAUCGUGGAGAGCGUCCGUAUGCUUGUGAUGUUUGCAAUAAAUCAUUCAGAGAGCACAGUAAACUCAAGAUACAUCAGUAUGUACAUAGUGGAGAACGUCCAUAUAUCUGUGAUAAGUGCAAUAAAUCGUUCAGUGAGAAGAGUGUGCUCAAGAGACACCAGCGUGUACAUAGUGGUGAGCGUCCACAUUCUUGUGAUGUAUGUAAUAAAUCAUUCAGUGAAGAAGGUAAUCUGAAGAGACAUCAGCGUAUACACCUUGGAGAACGUCCAUAUUCUUGUGAUAUUUGUAAUAAGUCAUUUGGUGAUCCGAGCGCUUUGAGAGGGCAUCAGCGUAUACAUGGUGGAGAGCGCCCAUAUUCCUGUAAAGUGUGUAAUAAGUCAUUCAGAGAGCAGAGUAAACUUAAAGUACAUCAGUAUGUACAUAGUGGUGUACGCCCUUAUAAUUGUCAUAUAUGUAGUAAAUCUUUUAGUGAGCGAAGUAAACUAAGAAGACACCAACGUGUACACAGCGCAGAGCAUCUGUAAUACAUGGACAUGUAUAAUAAAUCAUUGGGUUAGAGAUACACACAGUCAUAUUGGUGAGCUGUGUAAAAAGUAACUGUAUAAAUUAAAAAGAAUGAAUGUGUAGGCUUAAUAAGUGGUACAUGAACACAAGUGCACACACAAAUGUAGCAAAGCAUGUUAAGCUAUGUCUGAUAUAUCAGAGUGACAGUCUGACGUGUAGUGGAAUUAGGUAGCCUCGAUAACAGACUGACUCAGCCUACAUUACAUGUUCCAUGUAUUCAUGAGGAUUCUUGCUACCCCGAAGCAGCUGUGAAAUGUAUGCCCAUCACUAAAUUACAAACUCCAGUAAUUAUUUCUCAUCUUCAAUCCACUGUAACACAUUCAUUCAGUAGUUACUAUAGGACUACUACUAUACCAGGACGAUGGAUAAAGUCUAAAAACCCAAUAUAUCAGGACAUUCAUUCAGAUUUGUUUAUGCUGCUUUCUGAUGGCUUCCAACAUUGAUAAUUUGUAUGCCUGUAAAUGUAAUCGUUUUCUUAACACUCUCAACACACUUGUAUGAGGAAUAUGAAGUUUCCAAAUCACAUUGAUUUGUAUGAAGUUCAUGCAAAACUUUCCAAACUCUUCCACUUUUCAACACUGCAGAUAGCCUACUAGUUUUCUUCAUGAUGUACAGAACCUGGGCCCACUGGGAGGAUCCUAGUGGUGCUUUACAUGAAUGUUUCAUGUGUUAGCAGAUUUAGUGUCUUUGAAGCAUAAUACACAACAACCUUGCUCUGCACUAGUGAAGUUCGCCAUUUUGGUCCCGUGUGUCAGGGAAUGCUAGUUGUGAAGGACUAGCACUUUCUGUUCUCAUGUCUCAUACCUGUUUACUGUUCUUCAAAUGAAUUGUAAGGCCUUCCAAAUUUGUAAAGCUACAUUUGGGACCUGUUGGAAGCUUUUACACAGCUACACAGUUUUCAGAUUGGUAGAUAUUUCUCUAGUUACGUCUUAAGUGCAGUCUUUACUGAAAGGGGCUAGUUCAAAAGAAAAGGUCAGUGUCACAGUACAGAAACAGAGGACCCUAACACCUUGCUGUGUUCUAUAUAUAUUUCUUAUGAAUAUCUUGGUUUAUACCUCAUAAUUUGUAUACAAUUAGAAGUAGCACUGUUGGAAAGCUGUGUUCAGUCAGUAUCACACAAAGAUGAGGCAGAAAAGAUGAACAAUCUGAUACAAUUUCUGUAUUUAUAAGCUUCUUUAUUUAUAAAUAGAAUUAUUGGCAACAUUUUUUAUAAAUGUAUGGUGUUUGUUUUUUCUUUUUUACUUUUAUUAAAUGUUGUAUUUUAAUGUCA